AUGGGUACUAUCGAUUCUUGGUCGUCGAUUGAGACAAUUAUAAGACAACGUUUAGAUCUGAAUGAAGUCGAUCGACGUUAUUGUGCUGUGUGUGGCCGGCAAGGUUCAUCGUUGUCACGUUGUUUCGGAUGUCAAAUGGUUUAUUAUUGUGGCGAAGAACAUCAAGCUGAAGAUUGGUCAGAGGAACACGCAGACAAAUGUGCACAAUUAGAAUGGGUUGCAUUAGGAGAAUUGAUUCAAGCUUUACCAGCACAUCCACCAUUACCCAAUUUGGGUGAUAAAUGGACUGCUCCAUUAAAGGAAAUACAUAAUUGGAAGCAUUGGUUUUCUAUACA